GGGGGCAUUCGCACGCGCCUUGCAGAAAUCUAACGAGACCCAGCGACGCUUGGCAAGGGAAGGGGGCGGGGGGCGAGGGGGGGGGCACCCGCUUUUCCAAAGGGAUCUCGGGCACGUACCCAAACGCUCACGCCCAGCCUCUAUUGGCUGCAGACAGCCGGAGACCCGCAAACCACAAGCCGAGGGCUAAGCGCCUCCUUCGACAGCCAGCAGCACCGGCCCCCUCGCCCCACCCCGCCCCACCCCUUUCGGAGGGAGAGCCCCAUUACUCGGGGACCAUUUAUUUAUUUAUUUCGGGGGGAUUGGGGGGGGGGGCGGAAUCAUGUGCCUGCUCUCCCCUUCGCCCCCCCCCCGCCCCCAACCCUUUUUUUGCAAGCUGGGAUGAAUGCACUUCAGAGGUUGUUUCUGCGGCUAUGAUUUGGGCGGCUUGAGAUCCCCCCUGGUUCAAAGGAGACUGACAAGCUGGUCAGCUUCACGCGCUUACUGCCCCAAGCGUUUGGUUCCCCUUGGUAUAAACCCCGCGCAGAGCCAUCUCCUCCCCGCUGCAAGUGGUACAAGCAAGGGGAUCCAUCAUGGGGUCCAGGCUGAGCAGACAAAGCAGCCUGGAGGAGGAGAGCGCCUCUGGAGAAGACUCGUGCCCCAGGUUAGCUAGGAAGGAGCCGCACAGGAGGGUGGAGACUAACCGCGGGGACUUUCAAUUCGCUUCCCUGAUCCUGAACUCCGAGAAGCUGUCCGGGGUGCUGAGGAAAAACAACCCGGCUCCCUACGUGAGGAGGGUGGGAUGGAUCCGAGAGAUCCAGGCGACCAUCCGGGAGCACAAGAGAGAACACGCGGUCCACAUUCUCAGAUUGCUCAGAAAGGACUUGGGAUUGGAAGGUACGUGCCUCAGUGAAGUGCUCUACAAGAAUGCUACUUUCCUCAACUUGGUGGACCCCAUUUCCCACGACCUGCUGAUGAACCUCGCUAGAGAUCUGCAGUGCCCCAAAAAGGAAUACGACCCCUGGAAGUCCGCGGACAGGAUCUGCAGGCAGCUGAUUUACCACUUGAGCCCUCACUCCACGUGGCGUAGGCAUGGCAUGCCCCGCAGGAAGUCCCAAGCAUGCCUGAAGACCAGCCUGCAGAAGAAGCUGAGCCAGGACUCCAUGGAUUUAUCGGGGAUUCCCCUGACCAUGCGGGAUGUCCAUCGCAUGGCCUAUUACCUACAGAAUAACGGGGACAACCUCACUGCGGUGGACCUGAGCUUUACUGAGAUGACCGACGACAUGGUACGCCUGCUCCUGCCCUUCUUCUGGGCACUGCCCAAACUCACUCACCUCUCCCUCAACGGCAACCGGCUGACCCGAGCCACCAUGAAGGAGCUGACGGACACCAUGAAGGACCUGAACAAGUUCCCGUGUUUGGCCUGGAUAGACCUUGGCAACAAUGUGGACGUCUCCUCCAUGCCCCAGCCUUUGCUGGUGGGCCUGUGCAAGCGCGUCAGCCAGCAGACCACGCUGCCUACCAUCUAUGAGUCCCUCGACUGCGAGGCCGAGCUGUCCAGCGGACAUGAGGCCAGCUGCCAGGAGGAGGAGGGGGGCGUGGCUGAAGACAAGGACACCCCAUGUGACUUCCCCCAGCAGUGCUGCGAAAGGUGAUUCAGCGGCAGGCCUUAGCUGUUGGACUGACGCCGCGGCAAGGAGAGCUCAGAGUACAAACACAAUGCAGAAGGCCAGCUUCACCGGCUUCCUUUGGCGCUUCUCUUGCCUUCACUGACAUCCCAGACUUGCUGUGUUCUCAGUGAAAGCUUGCCUCCCCCUCCCCCACUGCCAAACCUAUCACCCCCAUUCCAAACAGGAAGCUGAUACUCACAGCGAACCUGGCCUCGGAGCAGGAUCUCAUUGGAAGAUGGGAAAUGAGCUGUAGGAUUCGGCAUAUUCCCCAGAGGCUAUUGAGGGGAGCGGUGGGGGAGGAAAAACCUAAACAAAAAGCAAUGUCUCCACGUAGGUUAUUUCCUUUCUUCCUUUUCCUCCUUGUCCUGUCAUUGUUGGGGCCUGAGAUCUGGAGUUGUGAGAUGGGAGCUCCCCCAAGGGUCGAGGUUCUGUCAGACUUUGUUGAAUGCAUCAGAGACUGGAGUCAGAGCCCAGCAGAGCGUGUCUUCCCCUUGAGCCUGGCUCAAUUUUUAUUUUCAUUGUGUGAUUUGUAUUAAUGUCCGAACAAAGGGAAUUGCAAUCAGAGGCCCAACAGAGUGUGCAGGCCGGGGGAGGACACGUGACAUGGAAUUGCAGUGUCAGGAUAUUUAGGGGCAGGGUAUGUGUGUGCAUCGGUGGGAGUGUGGCGGGGGUGUUGAUUGGGGGGGAGGGGAGGGAAUAGCCAUUCCUUGUGGAUUAACAUGAUCGGUUUUACAAACUGUGCUUUUGUACAAAACAAACAAAUCAAACCCAAAAGACAGCAGGAAGGAAACAAGCUCACCGAAAAGUCCAUUAUGGUGGGGGCUAGGGGGGCGAGAUGUGGCCAAGCAGCUGGGCACGACUCAAACUGUAGCAGAACGUUGGGUUGCUCCUUGUCAGACAUGCCGUACAUCUGACCAUCUCUAGCCAGGGUUUCCUAAUAUUCUGGGUAUGAGGGGAACGGUUGAGUCACCAUUACUAGCACCAUCCAGGAAACCAAACCAGCGAUGCAAGAUUGUUUUCCACAUUGCCAUGCUGUAUGUGAACACAAUAAACGGUUCUCCUGGGCACGAGAGUGAAGCA